AUGCUUCUUUUUGAGCCAUCCAUGGUUACAAUCAUUGGUGCACCGUCUGCAUCCAUCAAACAAGAUGUGAAUUCAUUUAGUAAUCAGUCAAAUAGUAAUAGCUAUGAUCAAGAAAAUGAUCUUGACGAUUAUGUUGUUGAAGCAUCCUCCACAUCAACAGCUCGAAUAGAAUAUUCUAGGUCUGAACAAAACUUAUUCGAAGAAGAAAAUAGUUCAGAUGAUGACGAUAAUAAUUUAGAGUAUUCUUAUGAUGACAGUAAUGGUGAUGUAUAUAUUCAUAAUCAUCUUACUGAAAAACAAUUAAAUUUAGCUAAUUUUUAUGAGCAAGAACCUUAUCAGCGUUCAAAACUCUGCAAUCGAAAAAAACGUGCACGACGUCAGAUUAAAACAAAACAUGCAAAAUCCAUUAAAAUUAAAUCAGGUAAUAAAAAAUUGUAUGCAUAUUGCCGAUUCGAUAAAAUUGAUUUAUGUGAUCCACAACUUCAGUAUUAUGAACAUUCGUACUCAUCAUGUUCAUAUACAGACUUCGAAUCUAGUGUAUAUAAUCCUCUAUGUUAUGAUAAUGUAGUUAAUUAUCAAUUUCAAGAUUAUACCCUUAAUGAAUAUAAUAUUCAAAAUCAAUCCCAGUUUGAUGAUAAUAUGACAACUGUGCUUCUCGACAUGCAAAAUCGUGAUCUUUCUCCCAAUGAUUACGAAAUAUUAUUAAGACUAGAUGAAUGUAUACAACGUAGAACCAUUGGUAAAAAUCUUCUCGACACAUUCUCAACAAUCAAUGUUAAUGAAACUCAUUUAAAUGAACUUUGUACUAUUUGCAUGGAAAUAUAUACUCUUGGACAGCAGAUGAAAUCGUUACCGUGUACACAUAGGUUCCAUUUGCAUUGUAUUGAAACAUAUCUAGAGAAAUUUUCUAUUCAAUGUCCUUUGGAUAAUUUGCCAUUAAUAUGA